AUGGAUAAAUGGUUGGUAAAUAAGCGAAAAAUUGAAACUGAUGAAAACGAACCUUCAACUUCGGUUUUAAAACGAAAAAAAAAGACAAGAAAGUAUGAUUCAGAGUACCUAAAAAUUGGUUUUUCUUGGAAAGAAGAUAAUGAUGAACAACGACCGCAGUGUGUCAUUUGUUUUGAAGUACUUGCAAACGAGAGUAUGCGUCCGAAUAAAUUACGUCGGCAUAUUGAGACUAAGCAUCCUGAUUUGAUAGAUCAACCACUCUCUUAUUUCGAAACAAAGUUGAAAGAACAAAAUACGUCCAAAACAAAAAUUACACAGUUCACCAAGAUCAAUAAAAAAGCUAUGCACGCUUCGUACUUGAUAAGUUUACAAAUCGCAAAAGCUGGCAAACCACAUACUAUCGGAGAGAAUUUUGUAUUGCCAGAAAUAAAAGAUACAGUUGAAGUAAUGUUUGGUGACAAAUUCUCGAAAGACGUCGAAAUGAUACCACUAUUAAAUGAUACAGUUACACGUAGGAUUAAUGACAUGUCUCAAUGGACAGAAAAUCAGCUAAUUGAAAGAGCCAGUAAAAGUAGAUUUUUCUCACUACAACUAGAUGAGUCUACUGAUGUUCAAGGUUUAUGUCAGCUGCUUGUAUUCAUACGUUAUAUAUGGAACAACGCACCACAUGAAGAUAUGUUAUUUUGUGAACCAAUUAUUCGAGGUACUAGUGAGGAAAUAUUCAAUACCCUUAAUACUUAUAUCAAUAAAAAAGGUCUUGAUUGGGUAAAAUGUGUCGGAUUAUGUACAGACGGUGCUAGAGCUAUGUGUGGUAAAAAUAGUAGUGUUGUAACUCGAAUGCUUGAAGUUAGUCCGAAUGCAUCAUGGACUCACUGCAACAUUCAUAGGGAAGUUUUAGUAUCGAAAAAUCUGCCGGAUAACUUGAAAAUGGUGUUGAACACUUCUGUGAAAAUAGUCAAUUUCAUUAAGACAAGGCCACUGCAAUCACGAUUAUUUGAAAAGUUGUGUGAAGAGAUGGGAAGUUCUCAUAAAUCUCUUCUUUUGCACACUAAAGUACGUUGGCUGUCAAGAGGAAAAGUAUUAACAAGACUUGUAGAACUCCGCGAAGAAGUUGCACUGUUUCUAAAGGAAAAAACUGAUCUGGCAAAAUCGUUGCACAAUGAAGAUUUUAUUUUGAAGCUCACGAACUAA